GCUUUGUACCGGUCUGUUUUUCUUCGUGAAGGGAUUUAGGAAUGUGGAGCCCAGCGGCUACGUCACCCUCAAAUCCACCGGGGGUAACGUCGACUUAAAUAACUUUUUUUGAAGGACUGAAUGUUGGCAGAACCACGAAGAAAGGACGCUCGCCUCGUCUCCAUGGUUACGCGGCGGACGCCCUGCCUCGACGUUCACGCUUUGAGCUGCCUGCGACUGCGGGAGGGGGCGGAACCGGAGCGGGAGGACGGGGGAACCAGUCGAAGAUGCCUUUUCAUGGCGGAGUGUACUACCCCUACACCGGUGACACCCAGGGGACCCAUUCAUCCGCGGGGAUCCCCUCCCUGCUGAACUCUCCGCUCAGCCAGCCCUCAGCACCAGGCAUGACUCCGUCCAGCGGCGUCUCCUCCAUCCUCCCCUUCAAGUUCCGCCCGCGCAGGGAGAGCGUGGACUGGCGGCGCAUCAACGCGGUGGACAUCGACUCGGUGGUGAGCCGGCUGGACGUGGACGCCCUGCAGGAGCACGUCAGCACGGUGACCUUCUGCAGCCUGGACGGCGAGCGGUGCCAGCGCUGCCAGAGCCCCGUGGACCCGGCUCUGGUCAAGCUCCUGCAGCUGGCCCAGCUCACCGUGGAGUGGCUCCUGCACUGUCAGGACUUCCUGAGCUUGAGCCUGCGGGCGGCCGAGGAGAGGAUGGCGGCGGCCGGCAAGGAGCGAGAGGAGCUCCUGGAGCAGAUGAGGAAGCAGGAGGAGAAGGUGAAGAAUCUGACCACCGAGCUCAAGCAGCGGAAGAAGGUCAUCCGCACCCAGCAGUCGCUCCUCACGCCGCGAAUCAUCAGCAGCCACAAGUGCGCUCACUGCGAUAAAAGCUUCCUGAACUCCGCCUUCCUCACCAACCACAUGCAGCGCCGACACCCGGACGAGCACCACGCACAGCUGCAGUCGGACUCUGACAAGAAAUCCCAGAUCGAGAGUCUGAAGCUGGAGAUCGGCGCCCUGAAGGAGCAGAUCGCUCAGCAGCAGCAGGCGCUGGCGGCCAAAACCGUCCAGGAAAAGGAGCAGGAGUCCGUUCAGAGAGACCUGCUGAGGGAGCUGGACCGCAUGGACAAGAAGAUCGAGGACAGCCGGGACGGCAUCCGCCGGGAGAUGGAGCUGCUUUACAGCCGGAACAUUCAAGCUCUCAACGAGGUCAACCAGAACCAGAGUAAGCAGGAGAAGCAGGGCGCCCCCGCCAACCCACAGCCUGAGAGAGAUGUGGACGUUUUCAGGGAGAUGCAGCUGCAGCAGAUGAAGAAGCAGGAGAAGAAGUGGGAAUCCAGGCUGCAGGAAAUGAAGGCUGAGCACGAUUUUGAGAGGAAACAGCUGCUGGACGAGCUGAGCCGGGUGCGGCUGUCUGUGUUGGAGCAGCAGGAGGUCAGCCAGAGGCUGCAGCAGGAGAUGACGAGGAGGCUGCAGGAGAAGGAGCAGACCAUCAAAGCUCAGCGAGUGCAGAUCAAGAGUAUCACCUCCAGUCCACCAACAAAAGUCGUGGAAGAGCCAGAUGUCAGCAGUUCACCAGCAGCAGAACCCAAACCAAAGCGAGUUCUUCUGGAGGAGCCAGUCUCCACUCUAAAGCUGGAUCCUAUACAGGAGUUGUCAGAGGAGGAUAAAGACUCCAGCGUCUCUGAGCGAAGGCCGGCGGACAGAAAGCCCGAGCCGGCAGCGGAGAAGAAACCCAAAGCGGCGGCGAAAGUGGGCGCCAGCGUCAAGAGAGACGUGCGCCCCGAGCUGGAGCGGAGCGUCGCUAAGAAGCUGGAAGCUCUGGGGGUGACAGCUAGCGGCCUGAAGAGCAAAGAGCUGGCGUCCCUCGUGACCAAAGUGCGUUUGAAGCGGGAGACGGCCGCAAAGAGGAUGCCUGAGUACUGGCGCCACCGUGAGGAGAUUGUGGGAAUGGUGGAGAAGAGGCUGGGCGGAGGGAGAGAACCCACUGCAAAGACCAGAUCCAAACAGCCCGUUCAAGUGGUUCAGAUCCGCCCAAGAUCCAGCAGCCUGCCCUCCACAGCCAGACAGUCCACAGUCAGACCGCCCCGGACCCCCCAACCAGCACCCAGAACCAGAACCAGCUCCCAGCCAAAGACGUCCACACCCAACACCAAGACUCCACAGGUCAUCCAGCUCCACCCCUUCAGCUCAGACGAGUCUGAAGAUGAAGACAUGGAGGAGGAUGCCUCCAAACACCAGACAACCAGCAGAUCUCAUCCACCAACCAGAGCGGGCGGAUUCGCUCCAGUCCUGACCCGGCAGGAUGAAGUUGGCCAUUUCUCCAAAUCCAAAGCGCAGCCGGCCCGGACGGCAACCGUUACCAGGACCGCCAACAAAGCCAAAGAGGAAGAGGAGGAGGAAGGGUCAGAGGUCAGCGAGGUGCAGGAGAUUGCUCUGGGACGGCUGCAGGGCUACAGGGACCAGAACGGCAACGUGGACAGGAGAAACCAGAAGGAGAAGCCGAUCAAUGAGAUGGCCAGAAAAAUCGAGAAGAAGUUUGCAGAGAGAGUUGGAAAGAAGCCAGCAGGGGGCGUGAGCGUCCUGCCCGACAGUAAGGAUGAGGUCAAGGAGAUCUUUCUGACCGAUCUGGAGGAGAACAGCGACUGGGAUGUCUCCUCAGAGAACCGACAGGAGGAUUUCAAACCAGCAUCUCUCCACGGAUCCGGACCAGCAAGGAGGAGCCUGGAGUCCUCCAGCACCAGCGUGUGGGGGACCUCCACAGGGAAGAGCCUCAAAUCAGGUCUGACCGGAACGGGAAGCUCCCUGAAGAGCGGCGACUGCUCCUUCAGCGACAUCAGCGACUCGGAGGACUUCAGCAAUAAGCACGGAUGAAUCAGCCUCACCCAACGCCGGGAAACGGGACAGAACUCAAGCAAUAUUCAUCUGUGCAGGACUCAAAACCCGCUUUCAGUAAACACAAAUAUAAAUCUACGUUUAAAUAAAAUUGAUUUGUAGUGCCAAUUUUUCACUUUUUUUAUAGUUUUUCUAAAUUAAUUUAG